CUUAGUUUCUCGUCCGGACAGGUACCAGGUGUGUACACAGGGCGGGUACAACACCUGUACAACUUCCCAGGUAACCAACCGGCCCAGGUACCCGAGGUGUUCCAUUUGAAAAACCUGUGAGGGUGGUAACGUUAUAACUUGCCAUGCCGGGUUGUUGGGGACUAGUCCUCGGGCUCCUGGCGUGCCUCCUCCCACAGGGCCGCGCGGCUCUGCCCGCUGGCUGCGUGAUCCUGGAGGACAUGCCCUUCUCUACCACCGACGUGUCGAGCAUCUUCGGAGUGAACCGAAUUCUGGAGACCGAGGCGCCGCCGCAGCGUGUGGGGACACUGCGCGACCAGGGCCCGCUGCCCACGGGACACUUCGCCACAAACCAGAUCAAGCCUCAUACCGCGCCCAUGAGACUGUUUCCGUACUCAGCCGUUCUGUCCCGGGAAGGCAUCACGUAUGACGCGUACACCCUGGACCGGUGGAACGCCACCGAGCGGUCGGACGAGAUGAUGCAGCAGACGCCCAGCCGCCAGGGGGCGCCCUGGGACAAGGUGGUGAGUGUGGGCACCAACAUGAAGCAGAUGGUCUCCGGGCCCGACGGCGCGCCAAAGGCUAGCUUCACAGGUAACUCCGGAGUUCGUGUGGGGAUAGAAGGAAGUGGCGAGGCCGUCAUGACGAGUUUCGGGCAUCUCCACGCCAACUUCCUUUUCUCAAAUGGAGAGGGCUCCAUGGAGGUGCCUUUGGUCAGGGGUGCCCCCUUUCUGACGCAUAUCUUCACUGCAGCCGACCCCGUGCUGGCGCCGUACUGUCUCAGUGCAGUGGACGGGGUUGCCACCAACUUCCGCUGUCCAACUGAAAUAUCCGCUGCUGACGGCGGGUCGGGUUUCGGGGAGGCCACGUGCAGCGACGGACAGCUGCAGCUGACCCUGCACGUGACCAAAGCUGUGGACGAUAUGAGCCAGGUACAAUGGGCAGCAGGACCCGCCGGUGCCUUUUCCGGCCACAUGCACAGCUGCGAUGCCGCCACCUGCCUCAUGGAGGACGAAGGGCGCACCAUUCGCGUCGAGCCGACCAUUUCGAACGUGGGUGGCACCAUGGCGUACGCCUUCAACGUGGUCGGGAAGUUUGUGGUGCCGUGGGGCGACUGGACCGCCAACCCGCUAACCGUCACCUGCUCCAGAAAGAGGGAAGCGGAGAACAGGCUGCAGCCUGCUCCUCGGGCGCCCUGUGCUGAACAGAUCUGCCUGUACCCCUCCUGUCAGCCGCUAGGCGGCGGUCAGCAGCAGUUCCAGCUUACCAUGGACUUCCGCAAUGAGGUCCCAUACAUGGAGGAGAUUCAGGUCGCUGUAGACUCAGCGGACAGGUGGUCACAAACUCACGUGAUGCUGACGUGUAACCCGACCCGCUGUACGCUGUCGCCUGACAGGAUGACCGUGACCUACACCGCCACGGUGCCGGAGGGACAGCUGGCCUACGCCGUCAACAGGAUCGGCUCCUUCGUCUCCCCCGCGGGAUUUUGGAUCGACAACCCGCAUUACUUCACAUGCGACGGCUCAGGUUCUCCAACUACCACGACCAUCGCUAGUACCACCAGGCCUACCACGGGUACCACCACCACCAGGCCUACCACCGGUACCACCACCACGCCCCCCGUGGUCCCUCCCGGACCCGUCUCCUCGGGACAACUCUCCACCUGCGCCGAGACGAUCUGCCGCACGCCCUCCUGCACGGAUAUCGGGGGCGGCUUCCAGCGGUUCACCCUGGUACUGCAGUUCAGCGACCCGUUGAGUGGCAUCAACGAAAUUCAGGUGGCAGCAAACACGAGGGAUGCCUGGGACAGCUCCCAUCCCAUGGUCACGUGCACCAGCGACACCUGCAGUCUGUCUGCCGACGGCAAGACGCUGCAAUACGCCUCCAAUUUCCCAGAGGGCGUUGUUUACUACGCCAUCCACAGGCUGGGUAAGUUUGUGGACCCGCCCACGUUCUGGGACACCCAGCCAUACGAGUACCAGUGUGGCGGCUCCGGCACGCAGCUGCCAGGCGGCAAGUCUUUCGUGCUGGAACUCGACGAGCCCGGAAACAAACUCAGUCACAGAACCCGGAAGUUUGUGGCGUACUUCUCGGAGGAGAUGACGUUAUCUGUUGACGCAAACGGCGCGAAGUUCUCGCCCUCCAGAGGCGGGAAAUUCACCGGCAGUAUGCAGCUGGUGUACGCUGGCAGCACGGCCCGGGGAGACCUGGCCGGCGCGCGCGUGCUGGACCAGUACGCAGGCGUGUACCCCUAUCGACCCGUAGUCACCUCCUGUGCCAGCGGCAGCAUGGGAUACAUCAACUUCCAGUGGAACAAGCGCGGCGGGGACUUCUUCGGCAGCAACCCGCGGGAGGACCUGCUGAUGAUCGCCGUGCCGCAUCAGGAGGAGCUACUUGCCGCACACGGCACACUAGUCUCCACACCUUUCACCUUCAAGGGUUACGUGGGGGACGAGUGGCUGAUGGAAGAGCCGCUUCCCCCCGCCGGAAUGGAUCCCGACCCCGUCGCCGUGAGCCAGAUCAGGAACGAUCCCGCCAAACUCCAGGUGAUUCUGGACGCCAUCCAGACGGACAGCAGCAGCGUGUCGCUUGACAACGUGUGCACGCAGAGUAACAGUUACGGCGUGGGGAAGGACAUCGCCAUGGUAACCAGGCUGGCCAGCAUCUCCCGCGCUUUCGAGACCCACCACUACCACCAGCUGGACGAGAAGAUACGCAGGUGCCUGGAGAAGUGGCUGCGGAUCGACGACUCUCUCAGCGCCGCCAACAAGCUGGAGUACGACCCGGUGUGGGGCGGGCUCUUCAUCGGCAGUUCCGACCCCAACAAUUUCGACCCGCAUGCCAACUUCGGCUUCCCCAUGUACAGUGACCACCACUUCCACCUGGGAUACUUCCUGUACGCUCUGGGGUACUAUGUCAAGUACCACAACCACUGGGCACACCAUGGAGAUAACAUGGCCCGUAUCGUGUCGGUGGCUCGUGACGUGGGGAACCCCAGCUCGCUGGACCCGCACUUCCCGGUGGUGCGCCACAAGGACUGGUACCUGGGCAUGUCCUGGGCUACCGGCAUCGUGGGAGGAGCGAGACAGGCAGAGUCAUCCACGGAGGCCAUCAACUGUUACCACGGCCUGGCUGCGCUGGGCGAAGCUCUGGGCGAUGACACCAUGAAGCAUGUGGGUCAGCUGACCCUGGCUACGGAGAUACGGUCGGUUCGUCACUACUGGCACGUCAGGAACUACAACCGCCACAUCUUCCCCGAGUACAUCAAGACCUACGGAACUAUAGGCCAGUUUGCCGAAGACGCGAUUUUCUACUACACCCUUAACUGGCCCUGCUGGCCAUACGAGUUUCCCAUGCGCCACGCCUGUUUGGUGGGCAUCCAAGUCAUUCCCAUCAUCUCUGUCUCCAACCUCUACAUGGAUCAGGAGUGGGGCAGGUCGGUGCAGAACGUGUGUAACUGGGCUGUGAACCCCUGGAGCGCCCCUGGGGCAGGGGACGUCGACCCCGCCAUCCUCCAGCCGGUACAGAAGGGAUGGGGAGCGUUCUGUCAUGCAGCCGCCUCAAAGGCGGAUGCCGCAGCAGAGACCGCAGCUGUGAACUAUGUACGUCAGUUGAGUACCGGUGAGCUGGUGGGAGGAACCGGACUGGCCAGCACCCUGCUCUUCAUCUACGGUUCAACAUAAACAGCGCGGAGGAGCAUCCGCCACUUAGCAACCUGAAACACAGGCUUCGGUGGCUGAAAGGGCAACUAAUAUUUGGAAUGUUGUAAAGUUUGUGCAUCGGAGGCUUUGUUUCUAAGACUCGGCUCGGUGUUCUCACAGGCUUGUGGAAAGCGGACAUAGGAAUUGUUCUUAAAGGCCGUCAAUACCGGCAUUUGGUAACUAAGUUUUCCCUUUGCUGAAUAAAUAAGCGCUGAUACACGAAACCAUGUUGUGUCAUGUCAGUCUGACUCAUUAGUUUUUAACACGGGUCUAUUCAUUUAAAAAUCGACUUGAGUGGGUACAAAAUGCUCUAAUAUAUCAGCCAUCGGGAGACCAAAAUUGGUACAUC